AUGGCUCCUACUAGUUCGGAAAUCCUCGCCAGCGCUCAACCAGAUCCCGAGUUUCUUGAAAUCCUGAAAUCCACCAGUCCUCCGCCGCUUCCGGCCAAUGUCGAUAUACCAACGCUUCGAGCUACAUCGAAUAAGCACAAAAAUGAGGCACGAGACGCGCUAGGAGGCCCUCCUCAGAAUUUGACCGAGCGAGAUAUCGAGAUACCUGUUCGUGACGGCAGCAGUAUUCUUGCCUAUGUUUAUUCUCCGUCAGAUGUCGUCCCAGGAGAUGAGCUUCCUAUCUUCUUAUUCUUCCAUGGCGGUGGCUUUUGUCUAGGCACGCGUCAUGAUGAUAUGGAGUCCAACAGGAUCUUGGCGGUCAAAGCUGGUAUUAUAAUUGUCUGCCUUGACUACCGUCUUGCUCCGGAAUAUCCGUUCCCUCAGGCCAUUCAUGAUGGGGUUGACGCUUUGCAAUGGAUCGCUCAAAAUCCAACACAACUUCACCCUUCCGCAUCCCCUUCAGCAGGUCUCAUCAUCGGAGGCACCUCAGCAGGAGCAAACAUCGCUAAUGGUGUGGUGUAUCUAAACCGCGACCUCGGAUCUCCCGCCAAGGUCACUGGGCAGUUUCUCGGCGUCGGACCUCUUCUUCCUCCACCAUUCGUUCCCGACAAGUACAAAGACGACUACGUCAGUCACGAGCAGAACAAACACGUGACUAUACCUCCCGAAGAACUAGCUCGCGCAUUCGUUGCCGCAUACAAGCCAGAUCCAAACUCGCCGAUCGCAGUACCUGCUGUCCAUCCAUCAGGACACUCAGGAAUUCCUCCGACAUACUUUCAAGUCUGCGGGCUUGAUGGUUUGAGGGACGAGAGUAUCAUUUACGAGCGGAUUCUUGAGCAUGAUAACAUCCCUACGCGACUAGAUAUGUAUCCUGGUCUACCACAUCACUUCUGGGAAUUCUUCCCUCAAUUGACCAAACAGAUUGAAAAGAGAACAAAUGAUACCGUGGAGGGAAUUAAAUGGUUAUUGCAAGGGUCGAAACUCCCAAAAUUGUAA